ACAAGCCCACCAGUGCUACCUCCCAACCCCACCUCCAGCAUGCCUGUGGAGACCCUCCAGCCUGGCCUGAGACAGCCGGUGGCAGUGAGGGCUGCUGCUGCUGGAACGCCCAACCGCCGCCUCCUCCAACCAAGAACAUUGGAAGCAGCUGAGCCCAGGCAGAGUGCAGUGGAGAGGCUGGCAGCAGACAAGGCUAAAUAUGUCAAGAACCAGGUGGCCCUCUUUAAGCAACAGCCAAUCAAAGUGCUUCCACCUAUCAUGCGCAAGCCUCUGAUGUCCCCUGCCCCCGCCCUGCGGCCCACCCGUAAGGCCCAACUGCCUCGCCCUGACUACACCCAGCAAGGGAGUUCCCCACUGGACCUGGAGCACCUGAGUAACCUGAUCAACGGGGUGGGUGAGGCUGAAACUCCCCCUACCUCCCCAACCAUGGACCCAGUGGAGAGUAGUCAGGCCCCUGACUGCCCCACUACCAACUCUCCCUGUCCCUCUCCAAUCUCUGCUGGGUCAGGGGCUGCUGAGAGUAUCCAGACCCUCUGUCCUGAGUGGUCCACCCCAGUCAAAGUAAGGGUAAAUGCCUCUGGCCCACUAAGUCCUACAGGGUCUGCAGUGACCAUACGUAGAGUGGACAUCAUACCCCACCACACCACACCAGUGAGGACGCCCAUUAGAGCACAGCAGCAGAUGCGCGUCCCAUUGCAGCCCAUGGCUCUGCAUCCACACACCCAGAUCCACAACGCUAUGUCACCUCUUCGUCUCUUCCACCCCCGAACUACCUAUGCACCAGGCCCUGCGUCUCCUAAACCUGUCCCAGCCCCUCCACCACAAAACCACACCCCAACCCCCACCUCCCCGUCUAGCCCCGUCCAGCUCCUAGCCACCCCCCCCGUACUCCCGCCCUCCCCGUCGGUCACCUGCCUAUCGUCCGGUAGCUCCAGGAAACGUCCCUCUCUGAACCGCUCCAAAUCCGACAUGAGUGACCGUUACUCCCGGGCCAGUACUGAGCUGGAGCGCUUCUUCAACCUGUGUGGUUUGGACACUUCGGAGAUGCAGGUGCUGAAGGGGCCGGGCUCAGACAUCGCCUCCCUUGCACAAUUCCGCAGUGCCAGCGCUCCUGGGUCAGAGUGUGCAGGCCAGGAGGGUGAAGAGGAAGGUGGGGCUGCAGAGCCGGCACCCUAUGGCGUCUCAGUAAUUGAGAGGAACGCCAGAGUUAUCAAGUGGCUUUAUGGUAUCCGCACAUCCAAGGAUAGUGCCAGGAGCACCAACAUGUAGGGCCAUGAGAGACUGAUCUAAAUAGAGGCAGGGGAGAAAUACAUGGAGGUGCACUUUAAACACAAUUCCUGUACAGAGAAAAAGGCAGGAGAAGUGUGACCGCCGGUAUAAACCAACUAAUGAAAAUGAAAGGACUGAUCUGGACUAAUAGUGAAGGAAACUGUCAGUGCAGUUUGAUACAGUGUUAGACAUCAUUUGUGCAAAUGAUUUAUUGCAUGGUACUUUGUACUAACACCUGUUUUAUCUGAAAGUAGUCAAUGAGCCAGGAGAAACUGUAAUUCAUGGCUCAGAUUUCUGAAAGUAGUCAAUGAGCCAGGAGAAACUGUAAUUCAUGGCUCAGAUUUCUGAAAGUAGUCAAUGAGCCAGGAGAAACUGUAAUUCAUGGCUCAGAUUUCUGAAAGUAGUCAAUGAGCCAGGAGAAACUGUAAUUCAUGGCUCAGAUUUCUGAAAGUAGUCAAUGAGCCAGGAGAAACUGUAAUUCAUGGCUCAGAUUUCUGAAAGUAGUCAAUGAGCCAGGAGAAACUGUAAUUCAUGGCUCAGAUUUCUGAAAGUAGUCAAUGAGCCAGGAGAAACUGUAAUUCAUGGCUCAGAUUUCUGAAAGUAGUCAAUGAGCCAGGAGAAACUGUAAUUCAUGGCUCAUAUUUCUGAAAGUAGUCAAUGAGCCAGGAGAAACUGUAAUUCAUGGCUCAGAUUUCUGAAAGUAGCCUAUGAGCCAGGAGAAACUGUAAUUCAUGGCUCAGAUUUCUGAAAGUAGCCUAUGAGCCAGGAGAAACUGUAAUUCAUGGCUCAGAUUUCUUUAAACAGCCACUUCAAACUUUAGCCACUGUAGCAGUGUUUGGUGAAUGACGCUUCUAUUGAUGAUGUGGAUCCUCUGUACCUCAUCUCCCAUCGGUCCUCAAGGAGGCUCAGAAAAGGCCUGACGUCCAAGGCUACUCACCUUCCUCCAGCCAUUAUCAUUGGUAGUUCCAUGGUGAAGCAGAUCUUAGUUCCUGGAGCUAAAACCCUGUGCUACCUGGGGGCUACGGUGAAGGAUAUCACAGACAAAAUAAAUCCUAUCAGCCAAGAGCUGCUGCUGUUGUAGUGUAUGUGGGAUCAAAAAUGGUAAAUCGGAGAUAAUGAAACAGGAUUUUAUUGAGCUGAUCAACACCCUAAAAGGCUCUGAAAAGCAGCCGAUUAUAUCUGGCCCCGUGCCAUCGCUGAGUUGCGACUGCGAAAGGUUCAGCAGGCUUUUAGCACUUCAUAUCUGGCUUAAAGUCUACUGCCAUUCUGUUGGCAUAACUUUUAUAGACAAUUUUUGAAACUUUUUGGAAACAAAAGAUGCUAUACAGGGAUGAUGGACUCCACCCAUACCAUCUACGGUAGGAGCCCGGACUCUCUUGUCACAUUUUAAAGCUGUGUUAAGAUAUUGACUCAGAGACAGACCAAGUCCCAAUCAGGUAAUACUGGCCAUCCUCUCUAAGCAUUAUCUUCAUACUGUUGUCUAUACUGCCAGGGAUGUUGUCAGUUGUAAUUUUGUACCCAUUCGAUUGAAUUCCACUCUUAGAUCUGCUAUUGUUAGCUCAAAAGGGAGCCCACUGUGGUCUGCUCACCCAGUGCUUAAAGUUCAAAUGUGAAUUCCAUAAACUUGAAUACCCCCUGGGUUUUCACAUCACGUAGAGGGCUUGGGCUGUUGCACGAUAGCAACCAAAGCCCAUGUAAGUCAGUUUAUAACAUUCUAUCAUUGGUUACUCUAAGAGCUCCUCAUAUUGACAUUGGCUGUGGCCUCAGGCCCUAUGAUGCUAACCUUGGAAAAGUAAUUCCAAUUUCUUCUCCUUCCUCUUUACUAAUAGGGAUAGACUAAUGGUCUAGUUCUAUGCAAUCUUAUAGCCAAACCAACUAAAUCAAUAUCAACCAUCAGACAGGGUCCGCAACUGCCUAUUGAACAUACAGUAGCUUGUUUGAGUUGGAAUUUCCAUGUGACUUCAGAAAUCGUAAAGGACUUGGGUUGAUGCAUCUGAACAUUAGGAGCUUACUUCCUGAACUGGAUUACAUUAAGAUCUGGGCUAUGCAAAUGAAUUCGGACAUCCUGGUAUUGACUGAAACUUUCUGGACAUUCUCGACUCUGAUAUUAAUAUUGAGGGUUAUCAUGAGUUCAGAGCUGACAGACAGGGUAGAGGUGAAAUCCAUUUCCCUUGCCAAAAUGUUUUAGAUACUAUCUUUAAGUCAUUCAUAAAAGAGAUGAUGCUUGGGUCAAGGCCAGGAACACAGGUGUAGACCCGGCCUGGCAAGCUUUUAAGUAACUGAGGAACCAUUGUG